UUGCCAUGGCAGCGAGGGGGCGCGGCUGAAGUGCGCCGGCGCUUCCGGGAAGAUGGCGGCUGUCGAAGCGGCUGCAGAGCCGGUAACGGUGGUGGCAGCCGUCGGGCCAAAGGCGAAGGACGAAGAGGAGGAGGAAGAGGAAUCGCUGCCACCGUGCGAGGCGGUGCGCUGGGCCCCGGUGGGGGCGGUGGCGGAGGCCGGGCCUGGGGCGGCUGCGUUCUCGGAAGAGGCGGCGGCCGAGGAGCCCGGCGCGGCCCCAGGCUCCCCGCCCGACUCGCCGGGCCGGACGCUGCAGCGGCUGCGGGCCGAGCGGCGGCGGCUGGAUUCGGCGCUGCUCGCGCUGUCCUCGCACUUCGCGCAGGUGCAGUUCCGCCUGCGCCAGGUGGUGCGCGGGGCGCCGGCGGAGCAGCAGCGCCUCCUGCGCGAGCUCGAGGACUUCGCCUUCCGCGGGUGCCCUCACGUCCUGGGUUACGGGGGCCCCGAGGACCCCGCCAGCGACGAGGGCGACAGGCUGCCAGGGGACCGGCCACGGUUGCGGAGCGAGGACCAGAGUGAGCAGGAGAAACGAGAACGUCUGGAAACCCAAAGGGAGAAGCAGAAGGAACUGAUCCUGCAGCUUAAAACCCAACUAGAUGACCUGGAAACGUUUGCCUAUCAAGAGGGCAGUUACGACUCCCUGCCACAGUCCGUGGUCUUGGAAAGACAGCGGGUGGUCAUAGAUGAGUUAAUAAAGAAACUGGACAUGAACCUGAAUGAGGACAUCAGUUCACUGUCCACUGAAGAGCUCCGGCAGCGUGUGGAUGCAGCUGUGGCUCAGAUUGUCAACCCAGCCCGUGUGAAAGAACAGUUGGUUGAGCAGCUGAAAACUCAGAUCCGAGACCUCGAGAUGUUCAUCAACUUUAUCCAAGAUGAAGUGGGAAGCCCGUUGCAGACAGAUAGUGGACACUGUGAAUGCAAGGCCAGUGGGAAGACAGGAAAUGGCUCCACCAGACCUGGCAGCAGCAAACUGCCCCAAGGAAACAACAAAGCGAAGGCAGAAGAUGUGAAGAGAGUUCGAGAGACGGGGCUGCACCUGAUGCGGCGAGCGCUGGCAGUGCUUCACAUCUUUGCUGUCAGCCAGUUUGGUUGUGCCACAGGCCAGAUCCCACAGACCCUGUGGCAGAGGGGCCAGGCUGACAGGGACUACUCUCCCUUACUGAAGAGGCUGGAGGUAUCAGUAGACAGAGUGAGGCAGCUGGCCUUGAGGCACCAGCCACACAACCACGUCAUCACUUCCGCCAACCUCCAGGACCUCUCUCUGGGAGGCAAGGAUGAGCUGACCAUGGCUGUGCGGAAGGAGCUGACGGUGGCUGUGAGGGACCUGCUGGCCCAUGGACUGUAUGCCUCCUCACCAGGGAUGAGCCUGGUCAUGGCCCCCAUUGCUUGUUUGCUGCCAGCCUUCUCCUCGGCCCCCGAGGCCAUGCACCCCUGGGAGCUCUUUGUAAAGUACUACCACGCUAAGAACGGCCGCGCUUAUGUGGAAUCCCCAGCCCGGAAGCUCUCCCAGUCCUUCGCCCUGCCUGUUAUGGGAGGCACUGUGGUGACCCCCAAGCAGAGCCUACUGACAGCCAUCCACAUGGUGCUGACGGAGCACGACCCCUUUAAGCGCAGCGCAGACUCAGAGCUAAAGGCCUUGGUGUGCAUGGCACUGAAUGAGCAGCGUCUCGUGUCUUGGGUGAACCUCAUCUGCAAGUCGGGAUCACUCAUUGAGCCCCACUACCAGCCUUGGAGCUACAUGGCACACACAGGCUUUGAGAGUGCCCUCAACCUGCUCAGUCGCCUCAGCAGCCUCAAGUUCAGUCUCCCUGUAGACCUGGCCGUGCGCCAACUCAAGAACAUCAAAGAUGCCUUUUGAUAGGAAUGUCCUGGCCCUAGACCGUCACCUUGCUUGGUAGGGACAGAUGGUUAGUCUUCUGGGAUAGGAGCAAGGAACAGGAGGAGAGCUUACAGACAUCUUCCCUAGCCAAAGGACUGCAAAGUCUGUUUUCCCCACCCACUUAGUAUCUCAGAAAGAAAUACAGGGGGGGAGGGGGGUCAGAAAAAAGCAAUGCUGGAGAUCCUCUUGUUAAAAGGUUCUGCCCUGGUGUGUAACCACAGUGUACAUGUGGGCACAUAUAGUUGAGCCUGUGUGAAAGGAAUCAGUCAUGACACACAGUUAAUGCACCAACUUGUCAUGCCACAUCUGAUUUUUAGGAACCCCAGUUUGUUCUAACCAUUCUCUUUAUGGCAGUGACUGACAAUAUGAGUGAGUUCUUGCUCUGGAAGACAUUCGACUUGAGGCUCCUGUGAGUCAAAUCGGGAGCCAAGAUCCGGGGAAGCUGUGUAUGUUCCAUAGCUGCCUCUAAAACUGGGAGCGUGAAUAUCUCAGAACAGCAUUUCUAAGAACGUUAAGCACAAGUUGAUUUUGUUAUGAGCCCUUUUCAUGUAGAGGUAAGAACUGGAAUCUGUUCCUGACAAGGUGAUCCUCUUACAGUUCAUUGAUGGUCUUUUGGUUUUGCUGCUGGUUGUUUAUAAGGAAUAACAACCGUUGUCUGGUACCAUGUCCUCUGGCAAGUAACCUUUCCUCUGCACACCUCCCAACAAGACGCUGACACAGUCUGCUCAGGAGUAAAUGUGGUAGAGGUAUGCUCCCUGAGAGAACCCUUGCCACCUGAGUCAAGUUGGGAUAGGAAUACACAUGGGUGACCAGCAGUGACUCUUCCUGGGGUUGUGAUUCUACUUGUCCUGGAGGCUGGAUGGUGGCCGAGGUCUAAUCAUGCGAUAGGUACUACAGCAGGGACAGGGAUCCAGCAGAUCUCAGUUGACAGACAAGGGGGCUGAGCAUUUCAUUGUAAAACUGACUCUGGAGUGGUCCUAUUUGGUCUUGAGUAUUUUAGCCUUUUUAGUUCAUGUUUGUCAUUCAGCUUGCAUACUGCUCCAGGACUGACCAAAGAGGGGCAAAGUGUAUCACUUUCUGGAGGAUCAAAUUGGCUUCCAACACUGAUUCAGCAUUGUUUCACGUAUUAAAUAGCCAGCUGUCCUUUAUGUGAGCACUGUUACGUAGUGCAUUUUAACUUAAUUUUUUUCACAACAUGUUAUUUAAGGUAUAUUAUUGAUAAUUCAUUAGAAUUAGUCCUCUUUCUGUGUGAACAAGAAUAAGUGUAAAAUGUGAAAAAUAAUCUAUCUGUGGUUGCUAAUAAAAUCAUAGUAUUUUGUGUA